AUGACUACAAUGAAUGAUCCCCAAGAAAAUAUGGAUUGGUCUAGAUUGAAAAAGAGGGAAUUUCGAUUGGUAAGGGAGGUUCGAGUUCUGCUAUUUUCAAAACAACCUCUACAGUCGAUUUCAAAGACAAAGGGAAAUGCAUACAUGUUGAACCUUCUACAGAAGAGACAAAAAGAAGACAUAAAAUGGAAAUCAAAAGGCAGAGGCAAGUUGUUUGAGUUUAUAAAGAAACCUAAGAAAAGCUAUGACAUCGAGAAUGCAGACUUCAAUCAGCUUGAUUUUCCAUUAAAUCAUCUAAUGUUCACUUUUAGUCAGUUCAUACUAGUUGAAAAUUUCAAGGAUAAAGAAGAAUACAAAUGUUUGAAGAUUCGCUUCCAUGCAGUCCUGGACUUUCCAUUGAUGAACAUUAAUGAUCUCAUCACGAUUUCAAUUAUUUUGUGUGAUGUUGAUGAUUCUCAAACUGAUGAAGAUAAACAAAAAGAUUUCGUGAUUAGAUAUGGUCAUAUUAAAGUCUUCAAUUUGGCAGUCAUAGAUAUAGAUCUUGCCAUGGAAAUCAACAAGACUUCGAAUGUGCUGAAAUCUUUGUUAAAGGUAAGAAAGGAUUUAGACAAGUAA